AUGGUUGGCGUAGAAAUUCUUCAGCAACGAGAACCUUAUCAUAUACCAGGUUACACGGGCUAUUGCCCUCAACAUCGUUUCAUUUGCGGCAAGACUUUUGGGCAUCUGAGUCAUGAUCUGCUUCUCGAUCCCGAUACCAGACAUGCUGAAAAGCUUGCUCUGUCUGACAGGUCGAAAAAUUUUGAGGUGAGAAGACCAAAAAAAGCCGAUAUUCAGAUGGCAAAAUCAAAACUAGGCAGAAGCGAAGCUGUCUACAAUUAUCCUGUACUGUCCUCUUAUAAAGGGCACAUACCAUGCCUGGGACAAUUGCGCGAUCGGCCCAAGGAAGUACAAGCGAUCAAGGGCAUAGCGAGUUUCAAGCGAAAGUUUCUCAAAGAGAAGGCGAAGCGCGACGAUCUGCGAAAAGUCAUCGAGCUGCAAACUUUUUGCAAAUGCCCAAACCCCAUGCAAGAGACUUUGUUGACUCCGAGCAAGUACGUGAUGCCGGUGAUCACCGUCAGGCCUGAUCGCGCCGGUAAGUCGCGAUACGAGUACGUGAACGAAAAGUACGUCGAACCGAAGGAGUGCUGCACCUCGCCUUAUUUCAUGAACACCAUGAAUCCGGAAAAAUAUUUCGUAUCGGGCUUCACCGGUCACAUUCCCAAUCGUUGGGCUCACUUCGGCAAAACUCACAAGCAAAUGUCGAGCGAUGGUCUGAGAGAUUUCACGUCCAAGUAUUUACAUAAAAAAAUGACCGAUUGGAAACCUUUGACAAUUGCCGAUAAGAGACAGGAUAAGUUUCAAAAACCUUUGGCAGUUGAAAUUUAUCAAAAGAACACUCCGAUUCUGCCAAAAUACACGGGUCACGUGCCAGGUUUUCAAUUCAGCAUUGGCAAGACUUACGGAACUGCAACGAAAGCUGCGCAUCAUACUUUAGAGGAACAUUUAUUUUCUUUGAAAAUGAACAAGUGUAAAAAAAAUGAGCAGCCCGUGAACUUUGCACGAAUGAAAACGAAAACAAUCAGCUCAAUCUAUCAUAUGCAAAAUCACACGCUUGAAACUUACAUAAUAACAUAA